AUGAAGAGAGCCAGAGAGCAGCAACACCCUCCUCACGCCUUGGAUCUCGCUAUUUCCCUCUCCCUUCUCCCUCCCCCAAUCACGCCCCACAGCAUGGAAUUUGAAUGCAAGACCUGCAACCGCAAGUUCUCUUCCUUUCAAGCUCUUGGAGGUCACAGAGCCAGCCACAAGAAGCCCAGGCUUGAUUCCCAAGCCCAGCCCCACAAACCCGAUCCCGCGAGAUCGGUGCACGAGUGCUCUAUUUGUGGCCAGCGAUUCUCUCUGGGACAGGCCCUCGGAGGCCACAUGCGAAAGCACAGAGCCGCCGUCACAGAGGAGGCCGUCCCCUGCUUGCCGGUUCUCAGGAGGUGCAACAGCAAGAGGGUGGUGUGCCUCGACUUGAACUUGACCCCUCUCCAGAAUGACCUCAACCUCCUCUUCGGAGACAGGGCUCCUCAGCUCAAUCUCUCCCUGUGCUCAUGAUCUCCUCCUGCUUCUCUCUUCUUUGUUUUCCCCUCCAUUCUUUCAUUCUUCUCUCUCUGUAAAAUUAUGCCCUCCUGGCCUUACUCUUUGUAUUUUUAUUGGAAUUCUUUCAUUUCUUUGUAUCAUGGUGUGUGGUUAUAAGUUAAUUACAACUUUGACCUCAGAAGUACGCAAUAUUAUUUGACAGCAUUUAAAUUGGCCAAGCA